AUGAUGCUACAUGUGGUCCUGCUUAUGGCCACUUUGAUCCCGACAAGCCAUCUCUGUCCAUCGGUCUGUGACUGUUCUGCUCAAGGACGCGUGGAUUGCUCACAACGCGGGCUAACUCAAGUGCCUUCGGAUAUUCCACCGUCCACGAGGACCCUGGAAUUGCAAGGAAAUCUUCUGGAAGUUCUACCCCGUGAGAGUCUUUCUGGUCUAGGAGAAAAUCUCGUGCACUUGGAUCUUUCGAAGAACAACUUGCGAAAUAUUGACUCCAAUGCAUUUCGAGGUUUGAAGAAAUUGCGCACAUUAAAUUUGCGCCGUAAUCACCUUCGUUCCAUACCGGGAAGUCUCGAUGAAAUGACGCUCCACAAACUCGACCUACGGCUUAAUCUGAUAUCAUCGCUAUCACCGGCUGACGUCAUGGUGCUCUCACAAAUACGUUCUGUGGAUCUUUCGAGGAAUUUCAUAAAGGAAUGGCCACGAGUGAAAGAAAAACUGGUUAAUACUACAUCGAAAAUUGAGAAAUUAGAUCUUGCCUCGAAUCUCUUCGCCACACUUCAUUCGGGCAUAUUUUCCACUCUUUCAUCGCUUCAUUCCUUACGGCUCACACGGAACAAGAUCAAAUCCGUUGAGAGCCACACAUUCCGAGGAAUGGGGGCACUGCAGUCAAUAGAUCUAUCAAAAAAUCUCAUCCGAUCAUUGCCCUCAUUGGCUUUUCACAAUCUACGAUCACUCAUGAAUUUGUCGCUGGCAAGGAAUGAAAUCUCCAGGCUCGACGACGGAGUAUUUUUUGGAUGUGACUCGUUGAUGGCUUUGAACUUGUCUCGUAAUCACAUCCGUACAAUUGCUGAUGAAUGGCUCUUUGGACUGACUGGUCUCCACCAACUAGAUCUUUCCCACAACCAUAUCGCUUCGUUCGACGCAAACGCAUGGAAACAGUGCUCCGAGUUGAGAUGGUUAUCACUCCAUCACAACCAGCUACACUUUCUACCGUCGGGAGCAUUUCGUCUACUACCUCGACUGGAAUAUCUUCGACUAUCUGGCAACUCGAUUGAAUCCUUCCAUAAGACGGCAAUGACAGGCUUGGACAGUCUCAAUGAGUAG